ACUCAUACGCAGUUGUUGAAACAAUAAUCAUUAGAAUAUGUGUUGGUUUCUUGUAAUUCUGUUUCUCAGUCUCAUAUAUGCUAGUCUUUUAGAGGCUAGCCAUGACAAGAAGCUUCUUUCUGCUGUUGUGGUUGGCAGUGUCUAUUGUGACACAUGUUUUCAACAGAAUUUCUCUACGAGAAACCAUUUCAUUUCAGGUGCCGCAGUAGCUGUAGAAUGCAAAUUUGGGAAAUCAGUACCAAGUUUCAAGAAAGAAGUGAAGACAAAUUAUCAUGGUGAAUUCAAAGUGAAGCUACCAUUCAAAGUGUGGAAACAUGCAAAGAGAAUCAAGGGAUGCACUUUCAAAUUGAUAAGUAGCAGUGAGCCACAUUGUUCUGUGGCCUCACUUGCUACCUCUUCUCUAGUGAGUCUUAAGGCAAUGAAGCAAGGAGAACACAUAUUCUCAGCUGGGUUGUUCUCAUUCAAGCCUACCAAAAAGCCAAACUUUUGCAACCAUAAACAAAGUGUUCCAAACUCCAAGGCACAUGCAAAAAAUGAAUUUCCUCCAAAUACAAACCCUUCUAGAUUAGAUAAAAAAUUAGCUGAGGAUACCUUUUUCCCUUUCCCUCCAAUCCCAUUUCUACCUCCAAUUCCAUUUCUUCCACCAAUCCAGUUUCCUCCAAUCCCAUUCCUACCCCCAAUCCCAUUUCUCCCUCCAAAUCCUUUUCUCCCUCCAACCCCAUUUCUCCCUCCCCAGGUUCCUAAUCCAUUGCAACCAUUAAGCCCACCACCACUCUUCCCCCCAGUCUAGCCACCAUGCCCACCACUGCCAAUUUUCCCCAAGUCAUUUCAUCCUCCUUGAUUAAAUAGAAUAUUUGCAGGCCGGGAAAACUAUCAAUUUGUAUAAGCUUCCCAAUAAAUAGUUAUAGGAGAAAAAUAAAGAGAAUGGCCUAAAGUGAAGUUAAAAUUAAGUUAUGUCAUGAAGUUAUGUGGGAGUGCUUUGAAAAUUUGAGAUAUUUAAGUUAAUGUUAAACC